GAGGGAUUACGCACGAGCAAUUCUGAAGUCCUUGGCUGAUGGUUCUGUUUAGGCGUGUGGGCUUUGCAGCCGCACGCGCGUAGCCAGCCGCAUCGGGGCAAACUUUGCCCAAGUUAUGGCGGCGGUGUACGGGCUGGAGCGGCUGUUGGAGGACGCUGGGCGCCGCUGCGCUGGCGCCCGCGCAAGAGGGGCGAAGACGCUGGCUGCUGUGUGGAGGGCGCUGGACCUGUACGCUGCGGACUGCCUGGAGCGCCAGCGAGGGCUUAGGGUUCACAACUUCUGCCAGAUCGGGUGGCUGGAGCAAAGGCUUCGCGGCCGGACCGUGUACCGGCUGCAGUUCCAGCUGACCGACGCGUUUUGCCGCAACCACGGCCUGAACUGUGCGAAGGCGGUGCCUGGGACCCCGCUGCCGGACACCGAGCGUAUGCCGGUUGAGGAGUUUAACUUCAGUAAAGCCGCCAUUCGCUUCUCGCAGAGCCUGACGAAGGAC